UAAUGAAGAUAGUGAAAACAUGUGUGUUAAAUUGUUAAAAUGUUUUAGAUUUAAUUUCUAACUUAAUUUCUAUUAAAUUUGUCUAAAUAGCAUUUUCAGAUAAUCUACACCAUGAGAGGGAAGUAUAAGCUUCCAAAUCAUUAUAUUCAUCCUAAAUAUUGUGACCUAUGGAGCUUUGGUAACGAAAGUGUUCAAUUGAAUGGGCAUAUAGAAAAUGCUCCUUACCAGGGCUUUGGAAGGUAUGUUUGUCAAUUGCAACGAGUAACUCUGAAGUUUUGCAAAUGGGGAAUAGGUAGUAAAGGUACUCGGGAUUAUAUUGAAACGGAACUGGUCGAUUAUUGUCGAACCAACCCUGGUGUGGUUGUUUAUCUUAAACCAAGAAGACAUAAAGCUCCUGUUAUGGUUUGUGAAUAUCUAAACGGAAGUUAUCAUUGGAUGGCUUUACAUGGAAUGUCUUCUGAACAUAUUAAGUUAUGGGUUGAUUUUCAUACUAAACGCUCUGGAGAACCUAUUCGUAAAUUUGUUAAAGAUGUUAGAACUGCUUGGCCAUCUAUUCAAGGUGCAUGGAAUCCAUUUUUGAACACACCUAGUGAAAUAAAUGUCACACCGUUACCCAAUGAAGAAAGAGGCAAACAUAUACCAUUAAAAAUAUCAGCUACUGAACAGUUACUGCGAAUGCAAGCUGAGGGUAAACUCCAAAAUAUUUUGUUUGGAAAUGACGAAUGAUUAGCUAGUACCUGAUAAGCUGAUACAGUUUUUAAAUCAUUCAUCCUUAGUAGUUAAAAGAACGGACGGAUACACUUAGUUCAAAUGAACGAUGAAAGGAUUGUUUGGAAUUCAUUUUUUAUCGAUUUGAUAUUAAAGAGCUUGAGGCUAGUCAACGUAGCUAUGUCAUUGUCGUUGUAGCUAUCGAAGCAUCUCAAUUUCAUAUCCGUCAUCUCUUCACUCAGCUUUUGUCAACUAUUGAACUAAAAUCCAACCCACAAUCAUUGCUGAAGGAAUUUGGGAAUUUUUUCGCCAACUGAUGCUCGAAACUUCUAUUUUGCCUUGCAAUUUUCCGAUGACUUGUUAAAUAAAUUCAAUUUAUGUCUAA